GUUCCCUCCCUCAUAUCGUCUAAGGCCAGGCUUCAAGGAUGGACUGUGCACUGCUGCUGCUGUCCCUGUGGGCUCUUAUUGGAACGGUGUCUCCGCAGACUCCAGGGUCGUGUCCGGAGAGGCUUCUGGGAGAGGAGAGGAGGAGGACGUGUCCUCGGCCCUGCAAAGUUGACAAAGACUGCGGCAUCAAGCGCCAGUGUCUGUGUGACGGCCAGUGUGGUCUCAGCUGUGUGGCUCCAGGUCGUACUUGUGCCUGGCCUCUACCCCUCAGUGAAAAGUCAGUAGCUCGCCUCCUCUCUCCCACUCACUCCUUUUCUGCCCUGCUGGAAGUGCGCUGCAAGCCUGGAUUCACGUUGCCCAAUGGCUUGGAUGCCACUAUUCGCCGUUGUCAAGGUGACCGACAGUGGAGUGGGGAUGAGCCCAUCUGCACAGAGACUCAGACACCCGAAACUGCUGCUGCCCAAACCUGCCCUCUCCCCGAGGAAGUCAUCAACACCUUCAGCAUCCAGGGUGACGCUACUGUAGGAACUUCCAUUCGCUACAGCUGCUUGUCUGGAGCAGACAUAGUGGGGAGUAGUGAAAAUUUCUGCCAGGAUAAUCAGACCUGGCAGUAUCCUCACCCUAUCUGCAAAAAAAUGUACUGCCAGCCUCCUCCAGAGGUGGAGCAGGGCUACGUGGUGGCUGUCCAGAAGACUGAAUAUGAGGUUGGCUUUGACAUCCACUACCUCUGCAAAAAAAACUUCCUCCUGGACGGACCCCAGAAGGUCACCUGCCUGUCGAAUGGCAGCUGGAGUGCAUCACCCCCACAUUGCAGAGCUCGCUGUCUCAUCCCCGCUGAAAGAAGCCGUGUGGUGAUUGGUGAAAUGAAGCGCUGGCCGUUUGACGUGACAGAUGCCAUGGUUUCUCACGGGGAAAACGUGGCGUUCUACUGCAAACAUCCUCACAAGCAUUGCAGCUUCACUGCAUUCCAGACCUGUUUUGAUGGAAAACUGGAGCCACCAGCCUGCUACCUUGAGCCCACGUGGUUGCAGUACAAACUCUUCCCUCAUCGGCUGGUCUCAGAGAUUGAAGCGUGUGAGCCUGUUGACGUGGAGUGAUGACCUGCACGUCUGACCUCGACCCGCCCAACACUCAUGACACUGUGUCACAAUAUGAAAAACCUCCCGACACACACCAGCACCCCGUCACCUAGGGGCAGUCCUCCUCCACUCUGCAGCUUUGCCAUUAUGGUCUGUUAGAUGCUGACAUGUUUUUUGUUUUUUUUCACAGCUCUUGUGGAUCAGCAGGCUAAGCUGUCUAUCCUCUGCUUGUGGCAUCAUGGCCUUUUGUCUCUCUCCGUCUCUCUGUCUCUCUCUCCUGCACACUAUCAAACUGCAAGCGUAAUUAUAAUCUCAAGUAUUACUUUGAUCCUCCUUCAGCUUGAGCCAGUGGUUCUGUAGAUGUAAUUCAUAGGCCUCCAUGAUGAUGAUGUGUAUAUAUAUAUAUAUAUAUAUAUAUAUAUAAUGCAUUAAUACAUGCUAUGCCAGUGAUGAUAGCUUCAUGUAGCCUAACACAUAAUGACUCGACUCUGUGAUAUCUCACUGUGUGAUCUUCCCUCUGUAAUGCCUGACGCAUCAAGUCUUGAGGCUUGUAAGUUUUAAUGAUGUGAGUGAUUUGAAAUAAAAUAAUGUCAAAACGG